AUGUCCGCCAAGCAAAUCCUCCUUCUCGGCUCGGGUUUCGUCGCCCAGCCUACCGUGGACAUCCUCGCCAAGCAGCCCGGCGUCGAGGUCACCAUUGGGUGCAGAACCAUCGAGUCCGCCAAGGCGCUCGCCGGCGACAAGGCCAAGGCGAUCUCCGUGGACGCAACAAACCAGCAGGAACUGGACGAGGUGGUCAAGAACUACGACCUGGUGAUCUCGCUCAUCCCGUACAUCUACCACGCCAACGUGGUGCGUGCGGCAAUUGCGUCGGGCCACACCGACGUGGUGACUACGUCGUACAUCAACCCAACGCUCCGGUCGCUGGAGCCGGAGAUCAAGAAGGCCGGCAUCGUCGUGAUGAACGAGAUCGGCCUCGACCCGGGCAUCGACCACUUGUACGCGGUCAAGACCAUCGAUGAGGUCCACCGCGAGGGCGGCAAGAUCACGUCCUUCCUCUCCUACUGCGGAGGCUUGCCUGCGCCAGAGGACUCGGACAACCCCCUCGGAUACAAGUUCUCCUGGUCGUCCCGCGGGGUUCUUCUUGCCUUGAGAAACUCCGCCAAGUACUUCAAGGACGGCAAGGAGGUGUCCAUUGCCGCCGAAGACUUGAUGUCCUCCGCCAAGCCUUACUUCAUCUACCCGGGUUACGCGCUCGUGUGCUACCCGAACAGAGACUCCACCACCUACAAGGAGCUCUACGGCAUCCCAGAGGCCGAGACCGUCAUCAGAGGCACCUUGAGAUUCCAGGGCUUCCCAGAGUUCGUCAAGGUCCUCGUCGACAUGGGCUUCCUCAAGGACGAGCCUAGCGAGAUCUUCGCCAAGCCGGUCGCAUGGAACAAGGCUGUCGCCGAGUACAUUGGCGCCAAGUCCGCCUCCGAGGACGACAUUGUCGCCAAGAUCGACGAGCUCACCAAGUUCAAGGACGACGCCGACAGAGAGAGAAUCCUUGCUGGCCUCAAGUGGUUGGGCAUGUUCUCCGACACCGCCAUCACCCCAAGAGGCAACCCAUUGGACACCCUCUGCGCCACCUUGGAGGAGCUCAUGCAGUACAGCGACAACGAGAGAGAUCUUGUCGUCUUGCAGCACAAGUUCGGCAUCGAGUGGGCCGACGGCAAGAAGGAGACCAGAACCUCCACCUUGGUCGACUACGGUGUCCCAGGCGGCUACUCCUCCAUGGCUAAGUUGGUCGGUGUUCCAUGUGCCGUUGCCGUUCUCGAGGUCCUCAAGCACCAGGGCGCCUUCGCCAAGCCAGGCUUGUACGCCCCAAUGACUCCGGAAAUCAACAACCCUAUCAUGAAGACCUUGAAGGACGAUUACGGCAUCUUCUUGACCGAAAAGACCUUGUAA